AUUUCCCGGUUAACUAAAUGUCAGAUGUCAAAAUGGCAGCAGUUAGUAGUAUUAUAAGUAGGGACAAUAAUAUUAUGGCGUCGAUAGCUAAAAUAAAUGAAGACGUUAAAAAUGAACAGACAAUUUAUCAAGAAUCAGAAAUAUUUUCAACUGGAUUCGGUUUAUUUGAAGAAAUACGAAGGUCUGGUAAACUUUGCGAUGUGACACUUAAAGUUGAAGAUCAGAGUUUUAGUGCCCAUAGAGUAGUUUUAGCAGCGACAAUUCCAUACUUUCAUGCCAUGUUUUUAAAUAAUAUGGUUGAAAGUAAAUUAAGUGAAAUCACACUCCAGGGAUUUGAAUCCAUGGCUUUAGAAGCUUUAAUAAAUUACGCAUACAGCGGCCGCAUAGUAUUAAACAAACUAAAUGUACAAAGUAUAAUGGUAGGAGCGUCAUUUUUACAAUUGCAAUCAGUCCGCGACGCCUGUGCCGACUUCCUAAAAAUUCACCUGCACCCAAACAACGCACUGGGCAUCAGUCUAUUCGCUGACCGCCUAAACUGCACCUCAUUGGUCGAAGAAUCAACGAAAUACAUCCAGCAGUACUUCCACCAGGUCUCUCUAUCCGACGAGUUCCUGGUCCUGUCAUUCACUGACCUCCAGGAACUGAUUUCCAAAGACGACCUGUACGUAGUGUCAGAGUCCCAGGUCUUUGAAGCAGUCGUCCGAUGGAUAAAACACAACGUCGAGGAGAGAUUAAUUUACUUACCAAAAUUACUGAUACUCGUAAGGCUGCCACUGCUGAGUCCUGAGUAUCUGGUGGAUCAUGUGGCCAAGGAGGAUUUAAUCAGACGGUCACACGAGUGCCGAGAUUUGUUGGACGAAGCUAAAGACUGUCAUUUGAUGCCAGAGCGCAAGCAUUUGCUUGAGAGUUACAGGUUCCGUCCUAGAGUAUGUACGAAUAUAAUUGGUCAUAUUUUUGCCGUUGGCGGACUGACCAAGUACGGGAACUCGCUGAGUACUGUCGAGGUUUACGACCCAGCGAAAGGCGUAUGGAGAAAGUCGGAGGCGAUGACGAUGGACAGGAGUCGGGUCGGAGUUGCUGUUCAUCAGAAUAAAUUGUAUGCCUUCGGUGGAUACAAUGGAGUUGAGAGACUGGCGACUGUGGAAGUUUAUCAUCCGGCUUUGAAGACCUGGAAAAUUAUUGCUCCCAUGCAUUGCAAGCGAAGUGCGGUUGGAUCUGCGGCACUGAAUGAUUACAUUUACGUAUGCGGUGGCUACGACGGAGUGAUUUCGUUAAACACCGUCGAGAGAUACUGCCCAAUCACAGACAAAUGGCAGAUGCUGCGUCCUAUGAACAAACAUCGGUCUGCUGGCGGCGUCGUCGCCUUCGACGGAUACAUUUACGCCCUGGGUGGACACGACGGUCUCUCAAUAUUUGAUUCCGUCGAGCGCUACGACCCACAGACUGGAAUUUGGACGACAGUCAAGUCAAUGCUGACCCGCAGAUGCCGGUUGGGAGUGUCGACGCUCAAUGGCAAACUCUACGUAUGCGGUGGCUAUGACGGCUCGACGUUUUUACAAUCCGUCGAGGUGUAUGACCCAGUGAAAGACACCUGGGAAUACAUUGCGCCGAUGAACAUGAUGCGGAGCCGGGCAGCUCUGGUAUCGAACAUGGGGAAGCUUUGGGCCAUUGGUGGAUACGACGGAGUCUCGAAUCUGUCGGCAGUUGAAGUCUACGACCCGCAGACGAAUUCCUGGUCUUUUGCAACUCCGAUGUGCGCACAUGAGGGUGGGGUCGGCGUUGGCGUUAUUCCAAAUCCGUACUGCUAGGGAUUUUAUUUGUUUUUGUUCGAGAUUUUCUCUCAAGUGAAAACUCUGGAGUCUUGAAAUUUUUUUUGUAAAUAAAAACGAUAAGUUAGCCAUCUUGCCUACUGUAAUUGCAUUUAUUGUAUUGUUUUAUAAUAAUAAAUUAUAAUUUUUACUUGUUUACAGAGAGG